AUGCCUCCCAAGGGAUCCAAGAAAAGAGCUGCUGACACCGAAGCUGGUGCUCAAUCAAAAAGCACAAAGACCGAUGCCUCUACUACCGCUGGUCCCUCGACCGAGAGAGAGCCAAUUGUCGAGGUUGCUGGCUCGAACGAUCAAGCUGCCGAAAUUGAUGGCCCCGACGACUCUGGAUCCGACGAUGCCGAUAUGACUGGAGAGAAGAUCAAGAACGACCCCUAUACCUACAUCGUAAACUGCCCACCUCGUUUCGAAUUCGAGGCCCGCUACAAUAAAGAGCACGACGACGGCGGCGAAGACUUUGACGAGGAAAAAGCGAGCGAACUCUGGGCAGAGGAACACAACGGCAGGAAAUGCGCUUGCUUCAACAAGGAACGCACCGAUGGUUGGAGCAUGAUGAGAAAGGCAUUUGCUCGCAAGAUGGACGCAGAAACUAUCGAGAUCCCACACCGCGACCCCGACAGAUUCGACAUGUAUGUCUACAACGACUUUGCUGGCUACGGAUAUCAAGAGGUUAUCGAGAACCACAUGGCCGAGUUCAACAAGGUCUUGAAUGCCAAGGAUGGAAAGACCGAGGAGCUUUGGACCAUUUUGGAGUCAAUGGGAUGGUGGAUCGUGGAUGAGCCAAAUGCUCCAUGGCACAUGAUUGAUGAUGGUGAACGCUCAUGGCUGACAUACAGUCUGCUUGGCUUCAUGUUGUUGACCGCUUUGAACCGCAUGGAUACCGAAGGCGACCUCAAGACUGACUCCAAGUACAAGGAUCUGUCACUUGUUCUGGCCCUCUGGGCAAAGGCAGCUGAUGAUCUCGGGGGCGAUGUUGUAGACCCUCUUGCUAGCAAAAAGAUGGACUCGACUAUCGGUGACUACGCAGGCUUCAACCUCCUGUGGUUCCGCUAUCUCCUUACUCUUGCAAAGGAAGCUAACGUUCCCAUCACCGGCGUCACCGACGUCGACGACAAAAUCGAUGGAUGGAAUUCGCAGGUCGAGGGCAAGGUCACAUUACCGCCGAAGAGAGUAGAUCGCUUCGACUGGAAAGCAAAGUACCAGCUAUACACCAAGAAGUACGGCAAGGCCGGCAAGAUUGGUGGAGAGGCCUUCCAGAUCACAAAAUGGACUCGUCAAAAGAGAGCAAAGCAUGCCUUUGACAAGAAAGACCCCCUCACAGACGAUCAAGUCAAGGCACUUAAGGACGGUAUGGUCUUGCAGAUGAUGUAA